AUGCGGCUGGCUACCUAUACUACCUCACCCUUGGCCUUCCUAGGUCUGGCUGCUUUUGCAGUUGCACAAAGUAGUACCGAUCUAUCCUGGGUGCCCUUUGAUCGCGACAAUUUCGACGGAAAUGUUGCUCUCGAUACGAAUGGUGAUGUUCAGCUCUUCUGGAGGACUGGAGACACAAACUCAACGUUCGGGAUCGCCUCCCGAUCAAGCGGCUAUCUGGCUCUAGGUUUCAGCGAGACUGGUGCAAUGACUGGCGCUGAUAUUGCUCUGGGAUACAACGACGAGGAUGGCAACUUCAUAUUUGAGAACCGCCAUGCGAUGGGGUUCGUUACCCCUCAGGUGUCCCAGGACCAAGAGAACAACAUGCGACUUCGAGAAGGCCAGCAAGCAGAUGGAGUUACUUCAUUCGUUUUCGAGAAACAAAACAGAGCCGACUGUCUCGAAACUCAGAUCGAUGUUGCAACAGAUGCAUGGCAAUGGUUCAUCUAUGCGUUUUCUGAUGACAACAACUUUGCCAUACAUGCACCCGGCAACAACGGCAAGAAGUACGUCAAACUAGGCACCGGCCAAACCGUCUCGAGAAACGAGGUUCAUGACGUCGAGAAUGCCAUGAACUUUACUGUCGUCCAACCUGAGGUGACUAUUCCAACCGCGGAGACUACCUACUGCUAUUCUCUCCAUAGAAUGCCGGAGGGAGAGACGAGUUAUCUGCUCGGUGAACGACCGAACCCGUCAAGUGAGCUGCUCCACCAUUUGGUUCUCUAUGCAUGUUAUGAUCCCUCUGAUGAACUGCUGGAGAUGCUUGAUGGAGAGCCCAACUGUGACUACGAAGAGUUCUCCAACCCAUGUAAUGGUUUCGUCACAGAAUGGGCUCCUGGCAUGUCUGGUCGCACAUUCGAACCUGGUUUUGGCAAGCCCUUUGGCUCCGACCACUACGAAUAUGUGAUGCUGGAGACACAUUACAACAAUCCGGAGGGACUCGAGGGCGAGACAGACGCUGCAGCUUACACGUUUCUCUACACCGAGGAUCCAGUGGAGACUGAAAUCGGGACGUUGACACUGGGUGACUUGCAAGUGACUGGGUGGUUCCUUGAGCCUGGCAAGGAGAUAGUGCCACAUUCUACAGUCUGCACGCCCGAGUGUACAGACCGUUGGCCCUCUGAAGGAAUCACAGCGGUCUCGGUCUUCCAUCACAUGCACUACCGUGGUGUUAAUGCGCAGGUUCAGAUCAUUCGAGACGGCAAAGAGAUCACUCCUCUGUCCACCCUUCGCCACUUUGAUUAUGGUUAUCAGUUCUCCAAGAACCUGGACUCCAUCCAGUUGCUCCCCGGAGAUCAGCUCAUUACCACUUGCGAGUUCGACACCUCGAACGACACCGAGCCGGUCCCUGGUGGUCUACCAAGCAAACACGAAAUGUGCUUUGCAUGGGUUGACUACUACCCGGCCAACGGUGUCCUCGCUUGCACACAACGAGAAAUGGGCAACUCUCCCGAGAACCCUAUCAACGGAACAGCAGCAUUUUGUAUGGAAUCAGCCUCUUCCGAAGCAGACAGUGUAUACGACUCGCCGUUCCUCACCGCCACGUUCGAAAACCUCACCGCCACUGGUAACUCCUGCCCUGCCGAUAACGCUGUAUCCGGACCUGGAAAUCAAGCCGCAGUCUUGAGUACCUGUCCCGAGACCGAUGUCUGUUUCGCACUCAACGUGCCCGAGGAAUCGGCCAGCUCCAGUUCGGGCGACAUCUACUUUCAACUCUCGGCACCAACAACGUAUGCGUGGGUAGCUCUUGCGCAAGGCACUGCGAUGAACAACGCCAACAUGUUCGUCAUGUAUAGUUCCGCGGAUGGCCAGAACGUGACGCUCUCCCCAAGAACUGCGUCGGGACAUGUCAUGCCAACGUACAACGAGGCGGCUGACAUUUCCCUUCUGGAAGGCACCGGAAUCUCUGAUGGCAUCAUGACGGCCAAUGUCCGAUGCGGCAAUUGUGACCGCUGGGAUGCAGGCACCAUGAGUCUGUCAGGCGGCAGCAGCGACUGGGUGUAUGCACACUCACAAGGCUCGCCUAUCAACUCUGAUGAUACGAGUGCCACAAUCUCGCAGCAUAAUGGACAGGGUUCAUUCCAGUGGGAUGUGUCGCGUGCUACGGGAGGCUCGGGUGGCAACCCAUUCACCGAUGCGUCAUCUACAACAACGACUGGAUCCGAGGGACAAAACUCAUGGCAGCAGCUGUCCACACAGGCACAGAUGCGUUUCGUGCAAGCUCACGGAGCACUAGCUUCCAUCGCAUUUGUCGCUUUGUUUCCCAUUGGCGCCAUUCUUGUCCGUCUGACCAGCUUCCAGGGUCUGCUCUGGACCCAUGCCGGCUUACAGGUCUUCGGCUACACUGUCUUCAUCGCGGCAGCUGGGCUUGGUAUAUUCAUCGCAAGAGGCGGUGCUUAUCUGCAGGAGCCUCACGCCAUCAUCGGCCUGCUCCUUCUUGCCACCCUCUUCUUUAUGCCGUUCCUGGGCUUGCUCCAUCACCAAGUGUUCAAGAAGGUCCAGAAGCGGACAGUGUGGUCUUACGGUCACAUCUUCACUGGGCGGGCCAUCGUCAUCCUCGGCAUGAUCAAUGGUGGCUUGGGGCUUCGCCUUGCCAGCGCUGAAAGUUCCCACCGGAUCGCAUACGGCGUCUUUGCCGGCUUGAUGGGUCUUGCUUAUAUUGGUGCGAUUGUUUUCGGUGAGUACAAGCGUUCUCGACAGUCCUCACACGAUGCGGCAGCUCCCUCGUCAGUCUACCGUGAGUCGAAGCGGCUCAAUCGAGACGAGAGCGGCAGUGAUGUAUCGCGCUAG